CUCGUGUUUAUGUCUUCGCUGACAGGUACGACAUUACGAAACUGCAGAAUCUAGCAUUGGACAAAUUGCACCAAAUGCUACUUCUAUCUGUCGAUGACGCUAGAAAUCAGACCGAAAGUAUAGUCGAUCUUGUUCGAUUCAGCUACAGUAACGUCAAUACUCGAGAUACCGAAGUUGGGCAAGACAUAGACAGCUUGAGAAGGAUGGUCAUACAUUUUGUGGCGUGCGUGUUCGAGAAGAUAGGGAUGAAUGAAAGCUUUCUGGUGUUAAUGGAAGAAGGAGGGCCUCUGGCGAGAGAUCUCGCAAGCAUGUUAGCUAAAAGGAUUACUUUAUAGAUCCUGUUCUAAGCUUGAUAAAAGGUGGCCUAUCGGAGGC